UUUACCCCACUGAGCCUGACUGACCUUGCCAUUUGGAGGGGUGAAGACGCUGGAGACCACUGAUAGAGAGGAGGCGAAGAGAGAAGCUCUUCAGUUACUACUUGCUAAACGAGUAGCUUGCAGCUCUUGCAGAGAAAAAACAAUCCAGAGAAGGAGAAGAAGACUAAAAACAAAAGAAGACUGAGUUAAACAGAGGGCUUGAGGAUAAAGGCAAGAACAGUGGGAAAGACACUUUGGGGAGGCAAGAGGUAGCCAGGCUGAGCUGACUUUUACCCAGAGGAGGAGUUGCAGUUGCCGGCCAGGGCAGGUCCCAGGGCUGGCAGGGCAGGCCCUUCUGCUUCUCCACCUCCAUUCCUUCCUCCUCUCUUACUCCUCCUUUUCUUCCCUUUAACCAUCAACAACAAACUGCUGUGCAGUGAUGAACUUACAGGCAGAGCCCAUGAGCAACACAGGAAUGCUUAGAAAAUCCUGCCAACUAAACUUUUCUGCUUCAAGUGAGGGAAACUCCAGAGGCUGAGCCUUCUAUACGAGGACCUCCACUGCAGUAGAGACUAUCAUCCUUUUGUUUUCUCAUCCAUUUUUUUGCUGCACUCACUGGUUGAGUGCACUUAGAAACGGAGGGGAUUUUUUUAUACACUUUUGUUUUUCUCAGUUGUGCUUUUUUAAAACCGGAACAGUGGCAACCUUUUCAGUAGCACGGUGCAAGGACCAGCUCCACUCACCCAAGAUGAGCCGCUGGCUGAAAUGCACCUCCAUGCACUUUAACACAGACUGGAACAAGUAUGAUGAUCGGCUGAUGAAGGCAGUGGAACGUGGCGAGGUGGACAAGGUGGCCGCUGUUCUCAGCAAGAAGGGCAUCAUCCCCACCAAGCUUGAUGUGGAAGGACGCUCUGCGUUUCAUUUGGCUGCAACACGAGGACAUUUAGACUGUCUCAAUCUCAUCCUGGGACACAAUGUUGAUGUCACUGCGACUGAUGCCACAGGUAAAAACGCUCUUCACCUUGCUUCAAGAAAUGGACACUCUCUGUGUGUACAGAAACUCUUGCAGCACAACUGUCCAGUUGGAAAUGUGGACCUUCAAGGAAGAACAGCUCUGCAUGAUGCUGUCAUGGCAGGCUGCUCAUCCAGCGUGAAACUUCUCUGUGACAGCGGGGCUUCUGUGAAUGCCAGUGAUUUUGAUGGCAGGACACCUUUGGUGCUGGCAACCCAGAUGUGUCAUUCACGCAUCUGUCAGCUGCUGCUGGAGCGAGGGGCUGAUAUCACCGUACGGGACAAGCAAAACAAGACGGCACUGAUUCUGGGCUGUGAGUAUGGCUGUAAGGACGCAGUGGAGGUGUUGCUGAAAAGUGGCGCUGACGUGAAGACAGUUGACGGAGUGGGUCACGAUGCCUUUCACUACGCUCGCCUCAGCAAGAACCCGGAGCUUGUGGCAAUGGUCAAAAGUUACCUCGACAAAGCCACCAGAGAUAAAGAGGCUGCAAAGAUUGAACAGUGGAAGCGACAGCAUUCAGUGGACAGAUCAGAGGCAACUGAGACUAGCAGAAGGGAUCAGAUCAUACAUGACCUGGAGAGGCAGAAUGAGACCCUGCAGGAAAGUCUCAGGAAGUACCACCAGGAGCAGAGAACCCUGUUAGAUAAGGUCAACAUGCUACAGCAACAGCUCACACAGGAAAAAAUGACAGUGGAAGACACUCAGAAAGAGAAGGAGCAGUUGAAAGUGUUGCUCAGCACCAAAGAAAGAGAGGAGGGUGCUCGAGGCCCGGAGACUGUCAAGGUCCAACUCCGGAGUACUUUGGGGGACUAUUCUGGACAGUCUGUUAUCAAAGGCAAAGAAAACAUUUUGGUCAAACAAGCUCACAGCCUGGAUUCUGAUCAGAUGAUCCAGAAUCCUGCCAUGUCACGUUCACUGUCCAGACCUCCUGAGAAGAGUCAGCCAGCUGUAGGCUGGGACCUCUCUGGUGAACUGGAUGCACUCCGACAUGAACUUGAGGCAGUUAAGAAAAGACAACAGGCAGCAGAAGAAGAGACGGCACGGCUUCAGUCUGCCCUGAACCGAAAAAACAGAGAGUGCCAAGAACUGGUUCAGAGCAGAGACACCAUCCAGAGACAGGCUGACCAGCAGGUGCAAGAACUCGAGGAUGCCUUGGGAGAUGUCCAGAAGAGGAUGCUGGACUCUGAGUGUAAAGUCAAACAGCUGCAAGCCCAUGUAGUCGCAGUGAAGGAACACUUAGGAGGCCAGACGACAGAGGAACUGCGUGCCCAGCUUCAGGAUAUGAAGGCCAAGUAUGAAGGUGCUUCAGCUGAAGUGGGUCGUGUUCGUAACCGCCUCAAACAGAGCGAGAAGGCCCUGGAGGAAUACAAGUCAAGUGAAAGCCAGCUAGCAGCUGAGGCAGAAAGGCUGAACCAAGACAUGGGAGCUCUGACUGCAGAACGUGAUGAGCUUGCAGAAACUCUUUUAGAAAUGGAAACCCAAUUGAAGGAGACCCAGACUAAACAUGGUAACAUGGUACCUGCUGAGAAAUUUGACAACAUGAAAAACCUGCUGACCAAUGCAGUUGAUGAGAAGGAACGACAGCUCGCUGAGCUGAGGGAAGAUUACGAUCGUGUGCUGGAAGAGGUGGCAGACCUCCAUCGGAAACUGGACUGUCCAUCAUCCCAGGGAGGAUCAUCUGCUGAGGAGCAACAGAGGAUACGGCAGGCUCUUGAAGAGCAGAAUGCCUCACUGAAAAGGAAACUAGUGGAUGUAACUGCCAAAAGCCAGGCUCUAAUUCAGGAGGUUGAGGAGAGUGAGGAGGAAAGAGAUAUACUACGAGAUCAGCUGGAUGAGCUCAACAGCAGGAUUGAGAUUGACUUUAUACCCAUAAAGAACCAUGAGGAAGCUCGAAGGAGCAUGGUAACCGCUUUGGAGGAGCUGGAGGACAAACUGGUGGAAGCCAGUGAACGUUAUGGAAAAGCAGAGGGCCAAGUUCAGCAGCUUCAAACGGAGAGGGCCACGCUGCAGGAGAAUAUCAGGAGUCUGCAAAGUGCCAGCGAGAGACACCAGAGUGAAAUGGAAGAUCUGAGGUCUCAGAAUGUCGAUCUGAUGAAGAAACUAGAGCUGUUGCAGAAGAGAUGUGAAGACAGAGACAAAGAGUGUGUGCAGCUGACCACGCAGAGCCAGACUCUGAAACAGAGCCUGGAGGGAGAGUAUGUUCCCAGGCAGCAGCACGAGCAAGUGAUGGUGGAGUUAAGCUCCACCUUAGAAAGUGUUAAAGCCGAGAUGUUGAAGUUGGAGACCAAGGGAAAAGAAAGUGGGGAAGAAUUGAAGAAUGUGAAAGAAGAAAAUGAUAAGUUGAAACAAGAGUUGGAAAAAGUUCUGUUGGAGAAGAGAAAAGACUAUGUACGGAUAGAGGACCACAAAGCAAUUACAGACAGACUGAAUGCUGCUGUGGUUGAGGCGGAGAAUAGAGCAAAAGAAGUGUCAGCAAAGUAUGUGUUGGCCCAGGAGGAAACUGUAAAGCUUACUCAAGAAUUGGAGGCCCAGAAGAAAGAACUUGAUACCAUACAGGAGGCUAUUCAGUCUAAAUUUAUCCCACUGACAGCAGCUGAGGAGAAAGAACACUCUUACAGUUCCCAGGUGAAGGAGAUGACAGUUAAGCUGUUGGAAAUGGAAGAGAAGUAUAACAAAGAAAGGUCGGCUGGAGAGAGCGACAAACAGGAGAAAGAGAAACUGAAACUUGAGAUUGAAGCUGUUCAACAAAGGCUAGACACUGCUCUAGUUGCCAGUGAAAAGCACAAGGAAGUGGAGGAAGAGUUCAUGGGUAAAUUUGAGGAACUGACUCAGAAGUUGGUCAACUUAGAGCAGCAGCACAAGGAGGUUACACUUCAGAAUGCUGAUCUUCAUGAGCAGAACACCCUCUGGAACACUCAGAUCCAGAAUCUCCAGGAACGUCUGAAAUCAGAGCUGACUCGAAUAGCAACAUAUGACACGGAGCUUAAAGCCCUCCACGACGCCAUGCAGCAAACCCAGGCCGACUGCAAGAAAGCAAGAGAGGCUCAGCAGGAGGAGGCCCAGAAGGUCUGUGCCUUACAGAAACAGCUGCAGGAACACCGCGAGGAUCAGGCUUCUCUGCUGCAACAACACAUCAAGGCUAAAGAAGCCCUCGAGGCUGAAGUCACUAAGCUUCAAAUGGCUCUCCGCGAAGAGGAGGAGAACAAUGCCCAGAGGGCUGAAGAUGUGUCUGCCCUACAGUCUGAGCUCCUUCAAGCCACACAGGCUCUCGAGGAAAUUCGCUACAAGGAAGACCAAAUGAACCAGCUGACGAAGGAGAAGCAGCAGAUGGAGGAGGAGGUCUCCAACCUGAGCAACAAGCUGCUGAGCUUAGCUGACGAGUGUGAAGAAGCCCAUCAGGAAGCUACACGAGCAAGGGAGGGUGAGAGCAAGGCCAGGGCAGAGAUGGAGGCUGUCCAGGAGAAAGGACAUGCCAUUGAAAGAGAAAUUAGGGAGUUGAAGGAGAGAUACGAUGAGUCGCUCAGCACCAUCUGUGAUCUUCAGAGGAGGAUUCAAACAUCGGCUCAGCAGACUGAAGCUAAAGACAAGAAGAUCACAGAGCUGCUAACAGACGUUGAGCGAUUGAAGCAAGCACUGAACGGUCUGUCCCAGCUGGCAUAUACGAGCAACGCACCCAAUAAGAGACAGACGCAGCACAUCGACACACUCCAAGCCCAGAUCAAGAGCCUGCAGCAGCAGCUGGCUGAUGCUGAGAGGCAACACAGAGAGGUGGUUUCAAUUUAUCGAACUCAUCUUCUCAGUGCAGCACAGGGCCACAUGGAUGAAGACGUCCAGGCCGCCCUACUACAAAUCAUCCGCAUGAGACAGGAGUUUGUGUGUUAAAAGCUUCCUCCAACAAAACACAAUGCUACCUGCUGACUCAGAUUCACAAUUUUUACACACAAUUCCCCCCAACCCCACCCCUGCUGCAAAGUGUCCCAGCUGUGGCCCCUGUGGGUGCUCAGUGUGUGUUUGAGUGUUUGUCUUUCAGCAAAUUGUCUCCAAAUAUGCUUUUCUGAAAUCCAUUUUCUGGUAUUGUGGCUAUACUUUGGUGCCCAAACAGCCCAAGCGUGUUGUGGGUGUGGGUGAAAAACUGUAGGUUUUAUUGGUAUAAAUGUGAUACUUCUGCUUCAAUAGAAACACAGCGAAUGAAAACUCUGUUUACUUAAAUUGCUAGUGUAUCACCUCAAGCCAAUGUCCUGUAUCAAACUAACCAGUGAAAUCAUUUUUGAAAUCUUCUACUGACUGUGCAGAAAUGUUUUUGCAGGUAGUUUGUGAAAAAACAAUUCCAUACAUUUCUGUCAAAGUUUUAUUAACAACAAAGCAAAUCUCUGCAUUUUUUUUGUUUUGUUUUGGUGAAUUUACCCAUUGUAUUCAGUAAUUUGGAAGUUAUUUGAAAAGUGUGUCCUUAUCAUAGAUUACUUGAAAUGCUCAGCUGAAAUGUAAAACAGACAUGAACACAAAGACCACUUUUCACAUUCCCACCUGACAGUCAGCUCUCAUACUCAGUGUUGUCAUAUUUAACAGCAGUUUUUGCUAGAAUUGUAAGACUAGGUUCACUUUUUUAAUACAAUAAGCACAUGCCUGUACAGUAUGUACACUGAAUGAGUUAUUUGAUGCUAUUGUUGUUCCUUCUGUCCAUACUGGCAGUGAAGAGACACCCUCCUGCGAAGAAUUCAGUACAGUAUUAGAGAGGGUUGAUUAAUGACAGUGGCCAGUCCACAUCUAGCCAAGUACCUAACAUCAAAAAGAUAUGUCAAAAUGUGUGUGAAUUAAAAGGUAGAUUUAUCAGUCUAUACACAAGGUAAACGCAUUUCCUCUGGCAUUAUCUGAAAGAACAUGUGUAGAGUCCUUGAUAAUGUCAUAUGCUUUUUUUUUUUUAGUUGAGGUUAACAACACCUUGCAGUAACUUCUUAUCCUUUUUGACAAAGGAAUGUAAACUAGAAAGUAAGUAGAAAAGUUACAAUACUUUGAAGAGGGGGAAUAAAACAUCAUUAUUCUCUGAUCUGCUCCAAAAGAAUUAAGUUUAUGUUAGGCAGUGGCAUCUGUAUUUUUAUUGUGAAGAAGGCUCAUUUUAGUCUAAAAUUUCCUCUUUGCUCUCCCUGUCGGUGUAUCCUUGCACAUUAACAAAAAGAGUAAAUGUUUUUCUAAAAGAAGUGUAACUUCAGAAGAUGCUUAAACUAAGUAAGAUACUAACUAGGAGUUAAUUUUUGACUAGAUUUUCCAUCUUUUACAUUGGAACAGCAUAAGAAAGGAAUCUCUUCUCUGCCUGUGCGGGCAGGAGGAAUGAUUACAGUAAACCAUAUCUCAUUCAAUAUUCUGUACAUAUGUGCUUGUGAGUAUACUAUUAACACAGAGUUGAAAAAAUGUGAACCUAUCCUUUAACCUUGUUCAUGCCAGUUGCAACAUUUCAGCUACUUUCUUGAGAUGUUUGAGUGAGACCGUUCUUGUUUUGUGGCACAGUUGUCAUCCUCUGGAGGUCCCAACUAGCAUGUUUUUCAGAAUAACCCAAAUACCAAAGACCUGAAGUUCAUCCAAAUCUUAAAACUACUUGCCAGUUUGGUAGAUGGUUGACAGUUUGUGGCAGAUUUGGGAGAGCUCUCAGUUAAUGUCUCUCACACAGUCUGACAACAUGAGUGUGCAUCGGUUAUGCUGGAUUUGAGUCGUGGAGAUCUCUUGCUGUGUCCUACUGUUUGCAGUGGCACGUUGUCCUUUUGUUGAAACCAGAGUGUCCUCUAGUGGUGAGACUUGGCAGGCCAAGUUGAUAGAAAUUGUAUUAAUCAGUGCGGCCCAGGGGUAGGCAGUUGUUGUUUUUGGAAGCUGUAAUAUCUGCAAUGCUUAACUCAACACUAGGGAAAUUAAUUAUACAUCUAAAACAUAGUUGAUAGAAUAUGAUAUGUGAAUGUAAAACUAAACUGACAGAGCUUAAUUGCUGAUAUCUGUCGCUUUGCAUUGCUACAUUUAAACCAAACUCUAUUUUUAAUGGCAGUAAAUGUCUCUGCUGAAGCUUUACUUAAUAUAAAAUCCUAAUUUAUGCAGCAGUGGACUUUGCAGCUUUCCUGGAGCAAAGGUUGUGUACCCCUGAGCCAGCUCUUUGUGACUGAUGAUGGUGUAGUGUAGUGGUGUUGUGAUUGUUGAGCGAGUCUCUUGUGCCUUUACACUGAUAUAUUUUUCAUAGCUUUGUACUACUUAACUUACUGUACUACAGUGUGACAAUUCUGAUAUUCAGCAGGUCUGGAAGUAGAACGGCACAAAACACGUUCAGGGUAACAUUUACUGUAGGACGAUAGGAAUAGAACAGAUCUCUUUCUUUAUGUGGAUAGACAACCUCCUAACACAUAGUUAUUUGAAGCACUGUCUUUGCCUUUCAGCUAACACACGUUACCAAGUAAAAGUUCUUGCUCUGUUUUUAUACUUUGCCCAAAAACUCUGUUUACACCAACAGAUAGUUAAUGAAAACCGUACCUCUUGCGAUUUGUUAUGCAGAUGUUAGGGAUUAACACUAAUUUCUUACUGUCCUCUCUCUACUGUUAACAUAGACAACAAAUCAAAUCCAGUUAAAUCUCUAAAAACACAUACUUUACACCAGUCUGUUUAAAUUGGCUGUUUUCUUUGGCAAUAAUAUAUGUGUUUGUGAGUCAAUAAUACAAAAUCAAUAAAAGUGCCUAACAUAGAAAACUA